CCGUCACCUCCAAUCCAUUUUCAUCUCCUUCUGAUUCUCCACCGCCACUCAUUAGCUCCUGCUGUUAUCCCACACGUCUUUUUCCCAUAUCCUCUUCUCUACAAUCGCUGCUUUUUCUUUUCCUUCUCUCCAUGUCCCCUUAAUUCUUCCAAACAUCUCUUCUCCAGGCUAUCCUUCACCUCGUUUAAACCCAAUAUCGCAUCACAUUCACACACAAAAAUAGAACAACGCCACGCUUGGACUCCCUUCCAGCGACCCACCGAUGCGGCCUAGACACCAAAGAUAAACUUUCCCUCUCUGCCCCUCGUACCGACCAGCGGUACCACCCAUCCACCAUCAUGGCAAACGACAUUGAGAUGUCGUCGCGGGUGGGAAAGAAAGGCGGGCCUCCAGAAGAAACAGACUACAAGCCCGUAAACUGGCGUCGCAUCUUCCUCACCCCCAAAUACAUACCAAUCCACAUCAUCACCAUCGCCCUCAUCGUCUUCACAAUCUUCAUAACAGUAAAACACCACGAAGUCGUGGAAAUCCUCCGUCCCUUUUCCGAAAAACUGCACGACCUACCGGCGGGAUGGUUGAUACCCAUUGUCAUUCUCUUCAUCAUAUCGUUCCCUCCGCUGUUCGGCCACGAAAUCGUCGGCGUGCUGUGCGGCGUUGUAUGGGGCCUCUGGAUCGGUUUCGCGAUUCUAUCGGCGGGCACGUUUCUAGGUGAAAUCGGAACCUGGUACGCAUUCAAACACACGCUGCGGCGCCGCGCGACGCACCUCGAGCGCACCAACCUCAACUACGGCGCCCUCGCGCGCCUCACCCGCGACUCGGGCUUCUCCCUCGUCCUGCUCAUCCGCCUCUCCGCCGUCCCCACGCACUUCUCCACCGCCGUCUUCUCAACCUGCAACGUCAAGUUCUGGCACUUCUUCGUCGCGACGUUUCUCUCGCUGCCGAAACAAAUCUUCCUCGUCUACGUGGGUGUGUUGCUCGUGCAGCAAAAAGACUCGAAUGUAGUGCAGAACGUGGUUUUCGCAGCCGUGUUCGUGGUCAGUGUUGCGAUGGGGGGAUGGGUGUGGUGGAAGAUGAGGGGGGUCAAGGCGGUGCUGUUGGAGGAGCAGAGCGAGCGGCGCGCGAAGAGGUUACGGGCUGAGAUGGAGGGGGUUGAUAAGGAGGCUGAGGAGAGGAGGGAACGCGGUGCCGAGGGCGAGAUUGCCCCGAUUGCUUCUGUGGUGGUGGGUGGUGGGAAAGCUGCUGCGGAUGAAGCGUCCCAGCGGCAAUUGCGCCCGCAACUUCGCGGCCGCUCGAAUUCCCUAUGGGAUACCCAUCGAGAUACGUCUCCGCUGAGACAGGGCUGGCAGACGCAACAUCCGCCGCCGCCUUUACCUGCGCCGCCGCCGCAGGCCUCGCCCUUUGGCCCUGUCGUGUAG